AUUCUGGAAAGCUGCAACAAUCUGGGAGUUCCAUUUGAUUGGACACCACGCCAGCUCACUCAUUUUGAGGAUGUAUAUUUAAACUGUGCAGGAAGUGGCUGUGAAGAGAAUAAGAGGGGCCUAGUAAAGGGGAGAGAGAUUCCAAGGGAGCAGCUGCAACACAAACAAGAACCUAACGAAAGACUUCAGGAGAGAAGAACAGUUUGGAGAUGUGCAAAGGAUUUGCCACUUUUCAAGCCUCAUGUUUGGAAGGGGCGAAAGAAGUUGGCACUCGACUGGGCUUCCUGCUGGUGAAAUCAGAAUUCACCAUAUCCAGGAGUGAGAGACAAGCCAGAAUCCUGGGAUCCCAUGCAGACAAAGCUCUUAAAUGGGGAGAAUCGCUGGACGAACUGCUGAAUCACAAACUGGCGUGGCUGCAUUCCACGCCUUCCUUCGCUCCGAGUUCAGCGAGGAAAACAUGGACUUCUGGCUCGCCUGUGAGGACUACAAGAACACAAAGACCAACUCCAAACUCAUGCUCAAAGCCCAGAAGAUUUAUGACGAGUUUGUCAAGAUUCAGGCCCCAAAGGAGCUGAACCUGGACUCGCUCAGUAGAGAGCUCGUCCUCAAGAACUUAACCAACCCGGACAUCUCCUGCUUCGACCCAGCACAGAAAAGGAUUCAUGGCCUCAUGGAGAAAGAUUCCUUCCCUUGUUUCCUGAAGUCCCAGUUCUAUCUUGGCCUGUUCAAGCAGUCUUAAGAAGGAGGAAGGCUCACGUCCGAGAGAGGAAGGAGAAUCAUAGAGAGUUCCAGAGACUGUCUCCUGGAUGAUCCAGUCUUUGGGCCUGGGAUUUUCAUUCGUCAGGCUUGGCCCUUAAGCCAGGUGACUGACUGAGAAGAGCCACCUCGUUCAAUGGGCAGUGUGGAAUUGGGGUUGAGCAUUGAUAAAUGGGAAAGAGGGUUUAAAAAUGCUGGUUUUUGCACUAGAAGCAAAGCAAAGAUCUGCCUUUACAUAGGCUGCAACAAUCAGGCUUCUGAGAACAGGACAUUAAGUCAGGCCACAGAGCAUGAGCAUUUAAAAGUCAUAUCCAUCAAAUAUACUCCAAGCUCCACAGUCUCCAUUAAUGCCUUAGGGUCCAUGACCCCAAAGUCUCAUGCUGCAACCUUACCAGGGGUCAUGACUGACAGUUUGGAUUCAUCUGAAUGAGUUUCCUUAUUCUAAAUGGGUCAAUAAAGGUCACCACUUUCUUCUCUCUCACUCAGUCUUCAACCUUUGCUCAGAGCAUAUAUGAUACUGGACUAAAGAAAAACUAUUUUUAAUAUAACGUAGACACCAGGAACUUCAGUUAAAGCAUUAAAGUUCUUUCUGCUGGCUUUCCCCAUCGUUGCUUUGUCCAUUUGAUUGUAUUUAAACUGGUAGUUUUGGCUCAGUAACCAGUUUAUGAUCCCAAGCCCCCUCCAGAGAUUUGAGCCUAAAUGCAGUGCUGAGGGAUUGCGGCCUUAUUGAAGGUGCUCUGUUGCAGAAAAUAUGUUAAGCCCUUCAGACCUUCAGAUGUAGGAGCAGAUGGAGACCAUUCAGCCCAUCAAGUCUGCUCCCCAUUCAAUGAGCUCACGGCUGAUCUGAUAAUCUUCAACUCUACUUUCCUGCCUUUUGCCCAUAACCGACAAUUGCCUAUCAGAUUUUAAAAUCUGUUAAACCUUCUCCACAUGCGUGAAUAAUAGGGGAGUUCUCCCUGGAGUCUUGGAUCAACAUACGAACCUCAAGCAAGGUCAUUAAAACUAACUCUGUUAUUUGUGGGAGCUUACUGUGUACGAUUUGACUGCCCUUAUUUCUUACAUUAACAAUGGCAACAGUUCAAAAGCUGUGAAAAGCUUUACAGCAUUUUACAAAUGUGAAAAAGGUCUCUGUCAUUGCAGGUUCCUUUCUUGUCGACACAUUCUAAUUGUAGCGAAGAAGAUACGUAUAAAGAGCUUGGUAACUUAUUGAAACAUUAUUGCAAGGAUAAAUACCUGUAAAUUGCCAACCAGACUCCGUCUGAGAACAGAUACCUAUGUAGAAGUUCUCUUUCCCAUUUUUAGGAUAUGGGCUUUGCUGCGAGGAUUUGUUGACCGUUCCUAAUUGACAUUGAACUGAGGGGCUUGCUAAGGCCAGUAAGAGGGCAAUUAAGAGUGAACAGUAAUGUCGGUCUGGAGUCACAUGUAGGCCAGACCAGGUAAGGAGGGCAGAUUUCCUCCCUAAAGGGCAUUAGUUAACCAGAUGAGUUUAUAAACAACAUGAAAGGACGAUGAUUUUCACCUCAAUGUAACUGGAACUAGCUUUAUAUUCCAGAGUUACUAAUUAAAUUUAAACUCCACUGAAGCAAAGGUGGCUUUGGAAUCCAUGUCCCCAGAGCAUUAGCCUGCCAUAUUGGACUACUAGCCCUGUGACAUUAUCAGUGUGAGACAAUGAUAGGAUACAAAGCUGUGCUCACAAUUUCCCUGAGUGAGUUUGAAUGUGUCGCCCUGCAAUCCAGCCAUAUCUCAGUUAAACUGCUUGGAAUAUGGUUUAAGUACAGCCCUGCUGACUCUCCACUACAUUUUGGGAAUGGACUGGCCAUUUCCUUCUCUUCAUCGUGGCUCAUCAAACAAAUAAAAAGACAGAAAGAUUUUUCAUUUUUCCUGUUUACAGUCACCAGAUGUUUCCAAGUGCCUUGCAGCCAGUGUUUUUGAAGUAUAAUCAAUGUUGUUGUUGUGUCACCAUAGUCUUUAGGAACCACAGCGACCAAUUGACUCACAGCAACCUCCCACAAAAG